CACAAAUUAACCCAACAAAUCCUUAUCAGCCCCUACUUUCCCUCUCUCCUCAUUUCUUCUCUCCUCCUCAAAAUCCAAAAAAAUGGCGGAAACCUCUUCAAUGGAGGAUCCUCUUCAACAAUCCUCCCACCAAGACUCCGAUACUACAACUACCACCACUUCCCACCACCUCACUCUUCCACCUGGGUUAACUCACGACGAGUUCGCCGCCCUUAUACCCGCCAUCACUGAGUUUCACACUUACCGAGUCAAAAACGGCCGCCAAUGUUCAUCCCUGUUAGCUCAGAAAAUCCACGCCCCACGCGCCGCUGUCUGGUCCGUUGUCCGCCGUUUCGACCACCCGCAAACGUAUAAACACUUCAUCAAGAGCUGCUCAGUUCCCGAGGGGUUCACGCUCUCCGUAGGGUGCACGCGCAAUGUUAACGUCAUCUCCGGCCUCCCCGCUGCCACUAGCACCGAGCGCCUCGAUAUUCUUGACGACAACCGGUUUGUUACGGGAUUUACUAUCAUCGGUGGCGAACACCGCCUUCGUAACUACCGUUCAGUGACUUCGCUCCACGCUUUCAAGAAGGAUGAUUCGGGUGUCGGCGAGGUUACGGUGGUUUUGGAGUCGUACAUCGUUGACAUGCCGGAAGGUAAUACUGAGGAAGACACGCGCCUAUUUGCAGAUACUGUAGUGAAGCUGAACUUACAGAAGCUGGCCUCUGUCGCCGCUGCGUCAUUGGCUAAUGAGGGCGGCGCCGCCGUGGAAAACAGGUGAUUGUGAUUUGUGAUUGUGGGUCCUUUUUCGAUGCAAGUUGAAUGAAAAAAAUGGGUAGCGGGGGAAUCUGAAUCUGAGACGUAUAAAAGACAUUAUUUCUGCUGCUCCUUUUUUUUAGUAAUUUUUUUAUUACUCUUUUUGGGUUUUUUUUUGGUUUUUUACGGGGAAUGAAUUGAAUGAAGGUUAAUCUUUCGUACGUUUUGUGGUUGGUUGGAAAAGUUUCCCCCCAUUAACAAAAUGAAGCAAGGAAAAAAGAAAAAAGAAAAAGGAAAAAAGAGAAGGAAAUUUAAGAUUGGUGGAAAAAAAAAUCAAGUUGUUAAAUAGUUUAUGCACGAUGAGAAUUUGAGAUGUUGAUGUUCAUGGAAUUUUAUUUAAAAAGGAAAGAAAUCCUCCUUGUUGCCAA